CGCCGCCGGGGAGAAACAAGCUGCGAGUGAAUGAAAACUGUCUCCUGCGACUCAGAAGUGAUUAAACCGUGAAUUUAACUCGUGUUUCGGUCAUUCGGGACCGUUUGGACCUCGGAAUCAAGUUAUCCCACCGGAGGGUGAACUGCAGCCAUGGCUCGGAAGGAUUAUGAGGCGGAGAAAGAGAAAUGCAAAAGGUUUCUGCAGGAGUUUUACAGUGAGGACGACAACGGGAAGAAGGUGUUCAAAUAUGGAGCGCAACUUGUGGCGCUGGCCCACAGGGAGCAGGUGUCUUUCUACGUGGAGCUGGACGACGUGGCGGAGGAGGACCCCGAGCUGGUGGAGAGCGUCUGUGAGAACGCCAAACGCUACACGGGGCUGUUCGCCGACGCCGUCCACGAGCUGCUGCCGGAGUACAAAGAGAGAGAUAUUGUGGCCAAGGACUCUCUGGACGUGUACAUCGAGCACCGGCUGAUGAUGGAGCAGAGGGGUCGCGACCCCGCAGACACCCGGGACGCCCGGAACCAAUACCCUCCUGAGCUCAUGAGGAGAUUCGAGCUGUACUUCAAGCCUCCCACCACGGCGAAACCCAAAGUGGUGCGUGACGUGCGGGCCGACUGCAUCGGGAACCUGGUGAACGUUCGAGGCAUCGUGACGCGCGCCACCGAGGUCAAACCCAUGAUGGCGGUCGCUACGUACACGUGUGACCAGUGUGGCGCUGAGACCUACCAGCCAAUCCAGUCUCCGUCCUUCAUGCCCCUCAUCAUGUGUCCCAGUCAAGACUGCGUCACCAAUAAAUCCGGCGGCCGGCUCUACCUGCAGACCCGAGGAUCCAAGUUCGUCAAGUUCCAGGAGCUGCGUAUUCAGGAACAUAGUGACCAGGUUCCUGUGGGGAACAUUCCCAGGAGCAUGUCUGUCUACGCCCGCGGAGAGAACACGCGUCUGGCUCAGCCAGGAGACCACGUGGCCGUCUCCGGAGUCUUCCUCCCUCUGCUGCGCACCGGCUUCAGACAGGCCACACAGGGUCUUCUGUCUGAGACGUACCUGGAGGCUCACAGCAUCACGCUCAUGAACAAGACUGAGGAUGACGAGCUGGGCAACGAAGAUCUGAGCGAGGACGAGCUGCGCAGCAUCACAGAGGAAGGAUUCUAUGAGAAGCUGGCCGGCUCCAUCGCUCCAGAGAUCUACGGACACGAAGACGUGAAGAAAGCUCUGCUGCUGCUGCUGGUGGGAGGAGUCCAGCAGGCUCCUAAAGGCAUGAAGAUCAGAGGAAACAUCAACAUCUGCCUGAUGGGCGACCCGGGCGUGGCCAAGUCCCAGCUGCUGUCCUACAUCGACCGCCUGGCUCCUCGCAGUCAGUACACGACGGGCCGCGGCUCGUCUGGCGUCGGUCUGACGGCGGCGGUGAUGCGUGACCCCGUCACCGGGGAGAUGACCCUGGAGGGCGGCGCCCUGGUGCUGGCCGACCUCGGCGUCUGCUGCAUCGAUGAGUUUGACAAGAUGGCGGACGCCGACCGCACCGCCAUCCACGAGGUGAUGGAGCAGCAGACCAUCUCCAUCGCCAAGGCCGGCAUCAUGACCUCGCUCAACGCCCGCUGCUCCAUCCUGGCGGCCGCCAACCCCGCCUACGGCCGCUACAACCCCCGUAAGACCAUCGAGCAGAACAUCCAGCUGCCGGCGGCGCUGCUGUCCCGCUUCGACCUGCUGUGGCUGAUCCAGGACAAGCCGGACGCCGACGGAGACCUGAGACUGGCGCAGCACAUCACCUACGUCCACCAGCACUGCCGGCAGCCGCCAUCACACUUCACCCCCAUCGACAUGAAGCUGAUGAGGCGUUACGUGGCGGUGUGUAAGCAGAAGCAGCCCGUGGUCCCGGAGGCUCUGGCUGAUUACAUCACCGCUGCUUACGUAGAGAUGAGGAAAGAGGCCCGAGUCAGCAAAGACACCACCUUCACCUCCGCCCGGACCCUCCUCUCCAUCCUCCGCCUGUCCACGGCCCUGGCUCGCCUCCGCAUGAUGGAGACGGUGGAGAAGGAGGACGUGAACGAGGCCAUGAGGCUGAUGGAGAUGUCCAAAGACUCACUGCAAGCCGACAAGUCCAGCAACACAAAGACUCAGCGCCCGGCGGACGUCAUCUUCUCGCUGGUGCGUGAGCUCUCCACGGAGGGCGUGGCGGGCCGCGGCGGCGCCGGCGGCGUGGUGCGGAUGGCUGAAGCUCAGCAGCGCUGCGUCUCUCGCGGCUUCACGCCGGCUCAGUUCGAGGAGGCGCUGGAGGAGUACGAGGAGCUGAACGUGUGGCAGGUCAACCAGGCGCGCAGCCGCAUCACCUUCGUCUGAGGAACCGACACGUCUUCAUCACGCCGUUUCAGCCUCCUGCAGGAAAACGCUUUAAUGUUCUACAGACUAAACCCAAACUCCUUUUCUCCUCCAGCAUUUUGUAACAACUCCAGCAGAAUCUAGACUUUUUUUUAAGCGUCCCAGAGCUCCUGCUGAAGGAAAUCAGAGCUUUUUUUAUGUCAGAAUUCCUGUUCACCAGUAAAUCUUGUGUAAAUAUGUGUGUCAGAAUUUGGGAUUGUGUAGAAUCUGUAGUUUAAACCUUAAAGCUUCUAGUUUUUCUGACAUGGAGCAUUUCUGUAUAUUUUAUACCCUGUAUUGCAAAAUUAGGCAAGAUAAAUGAAGUUUGAGCCUUGUAUUGUGACCGAUAGUUGUAAUAAAUUGAUGGUUCAGUA